UCUUGGAUCCUCAUUGGCCAACAGAAACCAUAGGCGUUCCCGCGCUGUCUUCCUAGACCACCCUUAUUCCUUUCGGCGCCUGCGUAGUGAUGCAUCCUUCAUUUAAACUGGUUAUAAAGUUUCGCUGGAUUUACGCACCCUGUGGCGCCAGAGUUUUGAACGCCGCCCUUCAGGCCAGUGUGCUGAUCCUCUGUGUCGUCUGGAGUGCCAGAACAUGAUGACCGUGCCCUCCGCGGAGGAGCUAGGCUCCUUGAAAUACAGCGACUUACAGAAUUUGGCCAAGAGGCUGGGCCUCCGGGCUAACCUGAGGGCAAACAAGCUGUUAAAGGCUUUGAAAACCCACCUUAAACAGGAAGCACAACAGGAAAAUAAGAAUCAGGAUGAAAGUCAAGCUUUUGCAUCCUCCUGUGAUGAGACUGAGGCACAGAUUACCAGCGGGGAACAAGCCGAGAAGGAGCCAGUGGACCAUAUCACCAAAACAAGGAGGCGGCGCAAGACAGUCCACAGGGACCCUGUCUCCCAGGAUCAUUCUGAGAUAAGCCUGAGUCAUUUCACCGAGUUGCAGAAUCAAGAAGACCAGGAAAACUGGGAUCUUGGAACUACUGGAAAAAUCUCUUCUCUACCAGACAAGAGCCUUGGAGAAGAGUAUGCAGUUUCCUCAGGAAAAGCUGAAAUAAAUGCUAAUGAAGACUCAAAGGAACCUUCAGAAAAACGUUCUCACUAUACAGAUGGAUUUUCCAAACUUGGGAACAAGAAAAGAACUGCAGUCACUACCCCAAACUUUAAAAAGCUCCAUGAGGCUCAUUUUAAGGAAAUGGAGUCCAUUGAUGAAUAUAUUAAGAGAAGAAAGAAACACCACUCAUCUCAUGAACUGAAGAAGCAGCCCAGCAGGGAGCGAGGGGUAAUGACACCUGUGCCUCCAGGAAGCCUCUCCGUGGCUUGCACUCCCGCCAGCCAGCGGCGCUCGCAAGGCCAGGCCCAAGGCCCUGCCAGGAGGAGCGCUAUGAGUCUGAAAGGGUCCGUGAAGCACGCUGGUCUCUCAGCGACGAAAAUGAACGUCAGGUUUUCAGCUGCUACUAAAGAUAAUGAGCAUAAGCGUUCGCUGACCAAGACUCCAGCCAGAAAGUCUCCACAUGUGACCAUGUGUGGGAACACGGCAAAAGGCCAGGCUGUGUUUGGGACACCCAUGCUAAAGACCAACAAGGGGAAUUCUGCUGCUGCUGUUAUUACCCCAUUCAAGCUGACAACCGUGGGGACGCAGACUCCUGUCUCCAGUAAGAAGCCUGUAUUUGAUCUCAAAGCAAGUUUGUCUCGUCCGCUCAACUAUGAGCCACAUAAAGGAAAGUUGAAACCAUGGGGGCAAUCUAAAGAAAAUAAUUCUCUGAAUGAACAUAUGAGCAGAGUGAGUUUCCAUAAGAAAACUUACAAACAACCUCCUCUCCAGACCAGGGAAGAGCAACGGAAGAAACACGAGCAAGAACGGAAGGAGAAGAAAGCCAAGGUUCUGGGAGCUCGCAGGGGCCUCAUUAUGGUUAAAGAUAAAUGAUUUUUAACCCCUGUAAAUACUACUUCAUUCUGAAUUCCCUUUCCUUCUAUAAAUAUUUCUAUACUGUCCUCCCUGUUUUUCUACAGACUUUUGUUCAUUAUCUAUGUAGUGUCUGUGAGUUCGUGUCCCACAGCUCUGAAAGGAGUAAAUGUCUUAAAGCUCAUAAAUUCUGUAGAGUGGCUUUAAAGUAAGUCUUUGUACAGCUCAAUUUUCUGAUGAGACCCAUCCCAGAUUCUUAACCUAGACCUGUAAUGUCAAUGUCCUCCUGCUUGCUGGUGCUAAUAUUAAGAGACUGGCAGUCCUUCCAGCUGAGAGCAUCUACCCAAGCGCAGUGAGUUGGACAAGCUUCAACAGAACCUGAACAACGGAAGUGAAUGGGAAAAGCUGGGGUAGGAAGGCUACCCCUUCCUCCUCUACAGAAGCUACUAAUCUUAAAUGAGCUAGUCCCAUGGUUUUGGUGAUAGCAUCAAGAUUUUUCCUGCGUGAAAAACGUUUUGUUUAGGAGUAUAAGCGCCUUUGUGUUUCUUUAUGUAAUUGCCAUUUGUUACUUGCGGUAUUCUUAGAAAUAAAAUUCUACAGCUGACUCUCA